GGCUGACGGAUCAAUCCCCACAGUUCCAAUCGCCAACGGAUGCGCUAAAUAAUGGUGAAUGUGACCUGGUGGGUACAAGGGAAAAACAGAAUCAGAAAGGCAUCAACAUCAACAAGUAUGUUGAAUCCGAGUACACAGUAUGGGGAAGGCUGAUUGGUGAAUGGGCGGUGAGGGCAAACAGGACAAACAAUAGUUCAGAGGGGCUUUUACCGAUUGGGGUCUAUUAGAUUGCUACAUCAAUUCCCUCCCGGACUUUUCCCUCUUCCUUGUGUGCCCCUCUCACUUUUGCUCAAUCAUUAAUUAAUUAAUUAAUUUACAUAUCCGAUACACUUCACGUCGGAAUGCCUGCCACUGACCGUGCCGCUUUCCAGGAGGUCUUCCCCUCCUUGGCCCAAGAUAUUCUGGCCUAUGCGAGGGAGUCGAACUUGCCAGAAAAUGCCCAGCUGUGGUUCGAGAAGGCCCUCAAUGUCAACGUUCCCGGUGGAAAGCUGAACCGUGGUCUUUCCUGUCCCGACACCGGUCUGGCUCUUCUGGAGCAGCCCCUGACCGAGGAGCAGUUUAAACACCUCAGCAUUCUAGGAUGGCUCACCGAGCUUCUCCAGGCUUUCUUCCUGGUCAGCGACGACAUUAUGGACAGUUCGAUCACCCGUCGUGGUCAGCCAUGCUGGUACCGUCAGGAAGGUGUCGGUCUGAUCGCCAUUAACGAUGCCUUCUUGCUCGAAUCUUCGAUUUAUAUCAUUCUUAAGAAGCACUUCCGGUCGCACCCCGCCUACGCCGACUUCAUCGAUCUCUUCCAUGAGACUACUUGGCAGACUGAGCUGGGUCAGCUCUGUGACCUGAUCACCGCCCCCGAGGACAAGGUCGACCUCAACAACUUCUCCAUGGAGAAGUAUAUGUUCAUCGUCACCUACAAGACCGCCUACUACAGCUUCUACCUGCCUGUUGCCCUGGCCCUGCUCUACCUCCAGCGUGCUACCCCUAGCAACCUCCGCCAGGCCCACGACAUCCUCAUCCCUCUAGGCCAAUACUUCCAGGUUCAGGAUGACUACCUCGAUGCCUAUGGCAACCCCGAGGUCAUUGGUAAGAUUGGUACCGAUAUCAAGGACAACAAGUGCUCUUGGCUUGUCAACCAGGCCCUCCAGCGCUGCAAUGCCGAGCAGCGCAAGGUCCUCGACGAGUCCUAUGGCCGUAAGGAUGACGCUCUUGAGGCCAACGUCAAGGCCCUCUAUAAGGAGCUGGAUCUCGAGAAGGUCUACCAGGAGUACGAGGAGAAGAUCGUCGGCGAGCUGAAGGAGAAGAUCGCCGCCGUGGAUGAGUCUGAGGGACUGAAGAAGGAGGUCUUCAAUGCCUUCCUCAGCAAGAUCUACAAACGCUCCAAAUAAACGCUUUCGCGGCUGAUGGUUUUGUUCUAGGUGAAUUAGAAGAACGAUACCCCUUCUAUUUCUUGUAAUUACACACUUUUUGCCACGCCAUAGAUUAGCCAGCCCCCUAGUAUAAGAAAUAUAGAUUAAUGACUGACUCCAAAGAAGCGUAGUACAUGAUUUUGGGAGCCUCCUUGAGUGUGACG